UCUCAGGAUUAAACGCCAUUUAAUUAAAAUUUCAGCACUCUUCACAAUAAAUUUUAGUUAUUUUUACUCAACCAUCGCAGUCAUGGCUUCACAGGAGGAAAACAGGAUUUCUAGGAUCAAAGACCGCCUCCUUAAAGCUGUAGAUUCCUGGACUGAUCCCCUGGCAAUAUUUUUAAACAUCUUCCUUACCCUUUUUUACUACCUUUACGAUGUGUUCUACGUUGUGCCACAAAUGUUGGGAACCACUGGAAAUGCAGUGCACUUCGUAGUGACCACAUGGAUUGUGUACAAUAUCCUGGGAAAUCUGAGAGCCUGCAGCAAAACGAAAAGUUCUGUGGACACCUUGCCACCUGAGUUGAUGCAACCUGCGAAGGGAGAGGAGCACUUGUGGCACUCCUGCGAAAAGUGCCAGAGGACUGUUCCACCGAGAUCCUGGCACUGCAAAGUCUGCAAUAUUUGCAUUUUGAAGCGCGAUCACCACUGCUCCUUUGUGGCCAAUUGUGUUGGCCAUAACAACCAUCGUUAUUUCAUGUGGUUUGCUUUUUAUGCAACUCUCGGAAGUACAAUUGCCCUGGUCGAAAAUUUACUAUUCGCCUUAAGAAACAAAAUUAGUGUGCUUAGCUUAUUUUCCUUUAAUGGCCUUUUGCUUGCAGAGUAUUUACAUCGCGGCUCAGUUAACAUGGCUUUGGAGGUCCAAGUUCGAUUGGUUUUUUAUGUAAACAUAUGCGCCGUCUUAUUUCCGGGGCUACUGUUUUUCCAACAAAUAUUUCUGAUUCGAAGAAACGCCGUAAUGCAUAACUCCUCUGAUCGCACUUAUGAUCUCGGAUGUUGGAAAAACUUUGCUCAGGUCCUUGGACGCCGUCAUUUCUGGACCUUCCUAUCACCAAGUAUUAAGAGUCCUCUGCCCAACGAUGGAACCCAGUGGCAGUCGAAGCACAACGUCUAAAACUAUCUGAUUUUAUUCACAAAACAUUGACCAUUGUCUUGUGCAGAUUAUAUUCUAUUUUGCAACCCCA